UCCCCCGCGGGCUGCCCGGGGAACAAGCGGGGUCAGGAUGGAAGGGCUCCUGCAGGGCUCCUCGGGGAAGUUCUGCUCACCGAAAGGGCGCUCGGGUACUACUUGCAGGGCGUGUGUCGGGAGGGAAGCAAGUGUCAGUUCUCCCAUGAUUUGGCCACCAGCAAAUCCUCCACCAUCUGCAAGUACUACCAGAAGGGGCAGUGUGCCUACGGCUCCCGCUGCAGGUAUGACCACGUGAGGCUCCCGGCGGCGGGCGGAGCCAAGAGUUGGGAUUUGGAGGGCAGGGGGCGGUGGGGGUUGAGCGCAGCGCCGUGUGCUUGUCCCGCAGAUCUGUGCGGCCCUGGCGAGGAGCAGCAGCGGCCCGGCGCCCCCAGCGGCCCCGGGGCUGCGCUGUGCUGCGGCCAGCCCGGCGACGGCGAGGAGGCCAAGCCCCACUCCUACCUGGAGGCCAUCUGCAGCGGGCUGGAGGAGCCCGGCGCCGGGGGCUGCCCCCAGCCCGGGGCUGCCGAGCAGCUGUGUCCCUACGCCGCGGCCGGCGCCUGCCACUUCGGGGAGCGCUGCCUCUACCUGCACGGGCAGCUCUGCGAGAUCUGCGGCCUCCAGGUGCUGCACCCCUUCGACCAGGAGCAGAGGAAGGCCCACGAGAUGAUGUGCAUGGCAACAUUUGAGCACGACAUGGAGAGGGCCUUUGCCAUCCAGGCCAGCCAGGACAAGGUGUGCAGCAUCUGCAUGGAGGUGGUGUAUGAGAAGCCCUCAGCCUCAGAGAGGAGGUUUGGGAUCCUGUCCAACUGCACCCACACGUACUGCCUGUCCUGCAUCCGCCAGUGGAGGUGUGCCAAGCAGUUUGAGAACCCCAUCAUCAAGUCCUGCCCCGAGUGCCGGGUGAUCUCCGAGUUUGUCAUCCCCAGCGUGUACUGGGUGGAAGAGCAGGAGAAGAAAAAUGAGCUGAUUGAAGCAUUUAAGCAGGGAGUGGGGAAAAAGCCCUGCAAGUACUUUGAGCAGGGGAAAGGAACGUGUCCCUUUGGAGGGAAGUGUCUUUACCUGCACGCUUAUCCUGACGGGACCCGCGCCGAGCCCGAGAAGCCCAGGAAGCAGCUGAGCUCCGAGGGCACUGUGCGGUUCUUCAAUUCCGUGCGCCUGUGGGACUUUAUCGAGGACAGGGAGAGCAGGAGCGCGCCCGGCGCCGACGGCGAGGUAGCCGAGCUGGGGGAGCUGUUCAUGCACCUCUCCGGCGCUGAGGAGGAGCCCGCUGCUGCCCCCUGAGGCCACGCAGCUCUUGAUUAGCUUUUCCUCUCUCCAGCACAGGUAGAACAAAACGUGCCCUGGUGGUUACUUGUGCAGUCCUGGUAAAGUUUUCAGAUAGUUUUUAUAUGGCAACAACAACAAAAACAACAACAACAACAAACAACAAAAAAAGACUAAAAUAUAUUUUAAAAAAAAAAGUAAGUUGGCUGCAUGGAAAAAAAUCCCUUAAUCCCAGGAGGGUUUUCUCCCUCUCUGGCCUAACAUAUGCUGUCUUGUGAGCUGAGUGGUAGUGUACAUACAGGUCCAGUGAAAGCUUAAGCUGGUAAAAACUGUUGCUAAAUAGAGUUUGGGUGCUUUUGGGUUUUUUUCUCCACUAAAUCAGCUAAAUGUGUAACUACAAAACCCACUGGGAAUAAUGUUCAGUGUAGGGUUUUCUCCUUAAAAAGGAGCUGAUACAUUAUACCUCAGAUAGUACCUGGAGUUCAGAGGAGAGUUUGGUGGCUUCUCUGGGUGUGUGGGGACAGGGCCUGGCUCUGCAGGUGCUGCCAGGCCAGUUCCCAGCCCUGUUUUACACUAAUUCAAGUGCUCAGUCAGCAGGGCUCCUGCUGGAAAGCAAAUGCAGCUGCACUGAUUGCUGAACUCACUGCACAAACUGGAGCUGGGGAGCUGCAGCAGGGAGGGAGGUGUUCUCACCCAUCCAGCAGUGGCUCUGCAGCAGCCCAGUGCCUCCAUUCCCCUUUCCCCAGCAAUGCUGAAGGCUCAGGAAGGCUGAGGGAUUCAUGCAGAGCUCUGCUGAGUUAACAGAAUUGUUACUGAAUUCUGGCUUUGUUAAAAACGUGGUUUCUGUUGGGGUGGCCAAGGCAGUUUGACUGUGGAAUCUGGUACAAGAAGUUAAUCCUGCCAAGUCAUUUUACUAACUUUGCAGUUACACCAAGAACUGAGUGUGCACUCCAGUGGCUGCUGAGGAACAGCAUGGACACACCUGAGCAUGAGCUGUCCCUGACUCAGGUCCCUGUAAAGCACUUGGGCUUGGAGUGACACUGACCAGUGCUGUAAAUACAGAUCAAGAUCUGGGGUUUAUUUUAGAACACGCUGGUUGCAGUGGAAGGCAGGUGUGGAACCGGUUUGGUUAUUAUCUAUAGCAAUACAAAAGCAUAAAAACAAUACUUUAAAAUUGUCAGAAAGAAACCAAGGCCAAGAGCAGAAAGGUUUGUAAUCAGCACCUGUGGAUCAGUGAUGGGCACAGUCCUGACCCACCAAGGGUGGAAAACCAUGAAGGAGAAUGUGUUCAGAGAGAGCUGGGCAGGAAGCUGCUGCCAGCUGGGCAAGCAGAGCCAGCCCUGGGUGGUGACACCAGGAUUGGGUCCCUGCUGGGAGGGAACAGCAGCAGCCUUCACUGCCAUCUUCACCUGGCACCAGAGCAGUGACUCCAGGAUUAUCCAUGCAGCUGCUGUUGGAUUUCUGGGUCAGGAGCUCCUCCCCUCUGCCCCUGCCAGCUGUGCCCUCUGUUCUCACCUGGAAAUUCAACUUUCCCAUCAUUACUCCCCUCUAAAGCCGAUUUUUAGCAGUGCUCACUGCACAGUCAGUCUUAAGUCCAAUCAGUGCAAUUACAAAGUGUAAUUACAAAGGAGCAGGUAAAUUAUCCCUGUGAAGGAUGUCACACACUAAGGUGAAUGUUUCAAGGGCACCCAAAAAUACCCCAGAAUACUUCCCCAGCCCUCAGCCUCCCACUGAAGCUCAUUCCCAUCUGCUCCUGCACAUUUUUUCUUUCCAGAAAAUAAUAGUAUCAAGAAUACACACACACACA